UAAGGAUCAGACAAUUCGAAUACAAGGAAGGAACUACAAGUGAAACUAAAACCUUUCUAAUGGAAAAAUACUCCAAAACUGGCUCCUUAAUCUUUUCUCUAUUGUCUCCAUAAAUCGUCAAAUGCAACCAACCCAAACGCCAUAACUCUCCCUACACUUCACAAGCUAAACCUCAUCCUCCACCUUCCAAUGGAGUCCCCGCCGUCCUCUUUCUCUACUUUCCGGUCUUACCUCAGGGCCUUGGCUCAAACUCCAUCUCGUUUCGCUCAUCGGGCACCCUCUGUUUCUUCCUCAUAUGAAGAGUUAAGUUGGGUCAAGUCCCGUUCCGGCUCCAAUAUGCACAAGUCCCUCCGAUGGUACGACUUAAUUGGUCUUGGAAUAGGAGGUAUGGUCGGAGCUGGUGUUUUCGUCACUACCGGAAGAGCUAGUCGUCUCUAUGCUGGCCCUGCAAUCUUAAUCUCUUACGCCAUUGCUGGUCUUUGUGCUCUCCUUUCCGCUUUCUGCUACACUGAGUUCGCUGUCCAUAUGCCCGUCGCGGGCGGCGCCUUUAGUUACCUACGUAUCACAUUCGGUGAGUUCGCAGCGUUUUUAACCGGAGCCAAUCUGAUAAUGGAAUACGUAAUGUCAAACGCCGCCGUUGCUAGAGGCUUCACCUCUUAUUUAAGUGCCGCAAUCGGUAUACCCACCGCAAAAUGGCGGUUUACAGCUGCGGCUCUCCCAAAAGGGUUCAACGAAAUUGACUUGUUGGCCGUCGCCGUCGUAUUAACCGUCACUCUCAUAAUCUGUUACAGUACAAGGGAAAGUUCAAUACUGAACAUGAUACUCACCACAUUACAUAUCCUUUUCAUAAUCUUUGUAGUAUUAAUGGGUUUUUGGAAAGGGGAUUGGAACAAUUUCACUCGUCCAAUGAACCCAAACAGCCCUUCCGGUUUCUUUCCCUACGGACCUUCCGGUGUCUUCAAUGGUGCCGCCAUGGUUUACUUCAGUUACAUUGGAUACGACGCCGUAUCCACCAUGGCUGAGGAAGUAAGGUACCCGAUCAAAGACAUUCCCAUUGGAGUAACAGGCUCCGUCGUUAUCGUCACCAUUCUGUAUUGUCUCAUGGCCGCUUCCAUGUCCAUGCUCCUCCCUUACGACAUGAUCGAUGUAGAGGCGCCAUUUGCGGCGGCGUUCAGUGGGAGGUGGGAGUGGGUGUCGAAGGUGAUCGGAGUGGGGGCCAGUUUCGGGAUAUCCACGUCGUUGCUGGUGGCGAUGUUGGGCCAGGCUAGGUACAUGUGCGUCAUUGGACGUUCAAGCGUGGUCCCGGCAUGGUUCGCCAGGGUGCAUUCUAAAACAUCUACGCCUCUCAAUGCCUCCGCUUUUCUCGGAAUUUUCACAGCUGCCAUUGCCCUUUUCACUGAUCUAAACAUCCUCUUGAACCUCAUAUCCAUUGGCACACUCUUUGUCUAUUACAUGGUCGCAAACGCCGUAAUCUACAGGCGAUAUGUCGUUAUCGGGAUAACAAAGCCGUGGCCAAUAUUAUCCUUCCUAUGCCUAUUGACCCUCACUUCCCUUCUAUUCACCCUGUCGUGGCAUUUUGCACCCUCAGGGAGUUCGAAGUCCUUUCUACUCGGCCUAUGUAUCGGACUCGCCACAGCUAUAACACUAAUUUUUCGUCACACGGUACCGCAAGUGCGGAAACCCGAAUUUUGGGGUGUACCUUUCAUGCCUUGGCUACCAUCUAUAUCAAUCUUCAUGAAUAUAUUUCUGUUGGGAUCUUUGGAUGGACUGUCGUAUGUCCGGUUCGGGUUCUUUUCGGGUCUAGCGGUACUCGUAUAUGUCUUGUACAGUGUUCAUGCUAGCUUUGAUGCUGAAGCAGAGGGAUUUUUAGGUGUAAAGAAUGGUGAAAUGAUCAGAGAAUCAACAGAAAGUGAAGAAGACCCAAAUCACAAGGUGUAAGAACUUUGGCUCACCUUUUUUCCCUUAAUUAUAAUACAAUAUAAAUACAUCAUAAUAUAAUGUAAUCGAGUAGACAGCAACUUAUCGUACAGUUGGUGUCUUGAAAUAGGCUGAUUAGAUUCUGAGCUAUAUUUUGUACAUUAUCAUGUGAUCAUCAUCAUUAUUUUAAUGCUUCAUCGUAAAUUGGAAAUUUUACGUCAAUGGAAGAGCAAAUUAAGUAAA